GUAACUUGUAUUUGCAAUUUUAGAUAGAGACAGUUGAAGAGAUAGAAAGAGAAAAAAUAUGUGUGUCAACAGCAGUCAACACUCGUUGUCUACGUCAAAUGUGCGGUUAGAAAUAAAUAACUACUUUAUGUAGUUUAAAGAAUAAUAUGCCCACAUUUAAAUAGCAUGUAGUGAACAAUUGACUUGCCAAAGCAUUGUUGUGGUAAAUUUAUAUUUUUUAAAUAAAUUUUUUAUUUUUUAUAUCUUUUAACGUAUUUUAAAGUAAUUUUUAAUCGUGUUGUUUACGUGAAAUUAACUGUCAAUAUGGAUCAGACAACAAUGUUGUGGGUGUUAUCAUUAGUGAUGCUAGUAGGAUCAUAUUUAGCUGGUUCAUUACCACUUGUGAUGAAUUUGUCUGAGGACAAGUUGCAAAUUGUAUCAGUGUUUGGAGCUGGUCUACUUGUUGGAACUGCAUUAGCUGUAAUUAUUCCUGAGGGUAUCAAUGCAUUAUUCACCAGUGUGCCAACAACUGACACACAUGCUCCACCCUCUGAUCACAAUGACAUUCAUAGAUUAAUUGGAAUCAGCUUGGUGCUUGGUUUUGUAUUUAUGCUUUUGGUUGAUCAAUGCUCAUCGAAACGCACAGGAGGAAGAGAAAAAAGUACCACAGCAACAAUUGGUCUUGUUGUUCAUGCUGCAGCUGAUGGUAUUGCUCUUGGUGCUGCAGCAACGACAUCACAAGCUGAUGUAGAAAUUAUUGUCUUUCUUGCAAUAAUGUUACACAAAGCUCCAGCUGCAUUUGGCUUGGUAUCGUUUUUACUUCAUGAAGGCGUUGAACGUAAAAGAAUAAAUCGUUAUUUAAUCAUUUUCUCCAUGUCAGCACCAAUUGGAGCACUCGUAACGUAUUUAGGAAUUGGCCAGGAAAGCAAAGAAAUACUAAGCAAUGUCAAUGCCACAGGAAUAGCAAUGUUAUUUAGUGCAGGGACGUUUCUUUAUGUUGCAACAGUUCAUGUUUUACCAGAAUUAAUGACUAAAAAUUCUAAUUAUUCACAUUUACCAACUGCUGAAGGAUUACCAAUUGCAAAUACAUCAGGAUUAAAAUUCAAAGAAAUUGUUGCAUUUGUUGUUGGUGCACUAGUACCUACAUUUAUUACAACUAACCAUCAUCAUUGACAGGAAUGUCUAUCAUGCCUUAACCAAUGUAGAUUGUUAAUUAACUUUUCUACGUGUACCUGAAAAGUUUUUUUUAUUUCUACACAAUUAUUAUCUUCACGUCAAGAUUAAUAUAUUGAGACAGUAUGUUUUUAUAUUUUUUUCAUCUGGAUUUAGUGAAAAAUCAUUGUCUUUCAAUAAUUUUGAAUUUACUACGGUAAAAAUAACUAAUUGUUGCUCAAAAUAUUUAUCGAAAAUUUGUGUAAUAUGCAUAGUAACGCAUGAUAAACUUUUAAUAAUGAACAAAGGUAUAAAAUAGUUAUGUGAUAGUAUUGAUUAUCAUUUCAGUAAACUGAUAAUUCAAUGGAAAGAAAAUUAAAAAAUUACGAGCACAUAUAUUAUACAUCAUUGACGUAACACUGGUUUAAUUAGAAGGUAUAGAUCAAUUUUAAAAUAUUUUAAUUAAAUUUUAUUUGUAAAUCAAUUUUUUUAAUCAUUCAUGUAAUAUUAAAUUAACCUGAAGGAGUAUAUUUCUUUCGAAUUGUAAAUAAAAACCUGAUAUGGUUUUAUGAACUGACGUUUAUAUAGAUUUUUUUUUUUUUAAGAUUAAACAAAUUUUGUCAUUUAUACGUACGAUCAGAGAUUUGUUGAAAGUUUAAGUUUUAAUGUAAUGAAUAUGUAUAUUUGUUGAUGUACUUAGGCUAUUGAAUAUAAUAAAACUUCAAUUUUUUUGAAACGUUUGUGUUUUGAGAAUUUUUGUACUUAUUGAUUUUAAAAUUUCUUAUUGGUUAUUGAUUGUUAUUGUUUUUUAUUGAAUGAAAAUUGUAAUGUAAAUAUUGUGUAUCAAGAAAUCAUUAGAAUAAACAUAUAAUACAAUAA